AUGGCGCCUGGCCCCGGGCUGCAAGACCCACCCGAGAAAAAUGCCCCGGGAGGUCUGUUCUCAAAUAUCUGGUUAUGGCGAGGUGUUGCUGGAGUCCUUACUGCUGCUGUCAUUUUGAUUUUGUGUAUUCAGUUUGUAAACCAUUCUUUGGCCAAAGAUUUUCCCGUCUGUCCUUCCCUGGAACUCUGUCCAUCGGGUUGGCUCUAUUUCCAGAGGAAAUGCUACUACCUCUCGGAGAAUGAAGCCAACUGGAACUCCAGUCAGAGCUUCUGCUCUUUGCACAAUGCUUCCCUCCUGGUGAUCGAAAAUCAUCAGGAACUGAGUUUUAUGGUGAAGAUAACAAAGCAAGACCCGUGGAUUGGACUCAGUAGAAGAAAUGAAGAAUUCUUUUGGGUAAAUGGGAAAGCAUUAGACAAUAAACUGUAA